UCCAGAGGAGCUCCUUCAGCUAGGCAAGACAUUUUCAGAUGCUGAGGACUUCAAACAUGCUUGUCUGAGGUAUACCCUGAAAACCAGAUACAACAUCAAGUACUACAGAUCCAGUAGCUUGAAGAUGGGUGCAAAAUGUGCCGCUGAGAUGAGAGAUGAUGAGGCUCCUUGUCCCUGGAUGGUCUACUGUUCGUAUGAUAGGAGGAAACAGAAGUUGAUGGUAAAAACAUACGUCAAUGACCAUAAGUGUGAGAGGACAGGGUAUUCCAAGAUACUUAAGAGGUCAGCAAUUGCAAGUCUAUUUGCUGAGAGGUUAAGGCUGAAUCCUAAGCUCACGGCAAAGGAGAUACAGGCUGAGAUAUUGAAGGAGUAUAAGAUGGAAGUUUUAAAAAACUCAUGCAUUAAGGCCAAGACGAAGACAAAGCCAUAGACUUGGUCUAGAGCUUUCUUCAAGAUAGGCUCCUACUGUAAUGAUAAUCUGAACAACUUGUGUGAGUCCUUCAACAAGACCAUCAGGGAGCCUAGGAAGAAACCUCUGCUAGACAUGUUAGAGGAGAUUAGGCGCCAAUGUAUGACUAGGAACUACAAUAGGUCUAAGAUGGCUAAGGACAGGAAGACUAGGUUCACCCCAAAGACACAUAAAGAGUUAGACAGGGUUGAGAAGAAGUCAAAAGAAUGUAGUCUGCGUUGGGCAAUUGGGCCAGAGACUGAGGUGGAAGAUAGAGACCAGUCUUACGUGGUGAAUUUGGAGAAUGAGACUUGUGCAUGUCGAAGCUGGCAAAUGAAUGGUAUUCCAUGCAUCCAUGCUGCUAAGGUCAUCCUUGGCGUGGGUAGAAAACUCUCUGAAUUUGUUGCUCCUUUCUACACAACCUCUAAGUGGCGUGAAACCUACAGUUUUGGGAUCAGACCUGUAAAUGGGAUGAUAGAGUGGCCUCGGACCAAUAGAUUAGGUGUGAUUCCACCACCUAAUCGAAAUGGCAAGCCUGGUAGGCCUAAAAACCAUGAUCGAAAGAAGGGAACCAAUGAGACAGUGUCUACUACCAAGCUGAGUCGUGCGAACAGGGUAAUGACUUGCUCUAAUUGCAAAGAAGAAGGGCACUACAAGAAUACAUGUCGGAAGGCUUUUGUUGAGAGUCCACCUAAGAAACCAAGAGGCAGACCAAGGAAAUAUCAGGGACUACACUUUGGCGAGUCACAAGCUCAAUCCUCAGAAGCUCAAACCUCACAAAAUCAAUCCUCACAAGCUCAAGCAUCAGCAUGGGAAGUUCCUCAAUCUUCAGAAGGUCAAUCCUCACAAGCUCAAUCAUCACGAUGGGAAGUUCCUCAAUCCUCACAAGCUGAAGCAUCACAGACAGCAGCGUGGGGAAGAUGGUUUUUUAGAUGCUUGUGUGUUGUUUAUGAUGGUCUCUGUCUGAAUGCUUUCGUUGUGUGUUGUUUAUGA